GAAGGCAGGGGAAAGGGAAGAGGAAGAGGAAGGGAGGCGAUCUGUGUGACAUGGGCGUGAGCAUUUCCCUCGUUCGAGCACUGUGCGGUGGGGAUGAAUAAGUUCGUCGAUAAUCGGAGUUCUGAAGCGAGAGAAUGCGGCAGUUUUCGAUAGAGGGCGCGGAAAUGUCGGCCUUUGGAGGCUAGUUAUACGGAAAACAGAGCUCUGACGAAGAAGAAGGGAAGGAAGGAGGAGGAGGCCACGGGGUUUUGCACUACUGAGUUUUCCAUGUGUAGAUGAGAGACGACCCCAUUGAUACUCGGCUUGAUCGUUCAUGGGGUGAUGAUUUAGUUCGAAAGAAAGCGGCGCCGAAUUUCGUCUGAGAGAUCAACAAAUGACAAGACCAGGAAAGGCGAGAUUCUGUAGAUUAAUUUCGGCAAGUUAUAUCAGUCAUGGAUCAAAUAGUUGUUAUUGGUGCUGAGCAACCCGCGCCUUUCGUUCCACUUAAAACCAUCAGUCACCUCAACUCUCCGGCGUCUUCUUUUAUUACGAAGAGAACCAGGACGUCACUGAUCUCUUCGCACACAGAGUUUGUAUUUCGAAAUUUUCACAGUACCGAUUUUUUUGAAUAAUCGGAUAGAGGGUGGUCAGACUCUAGAGUGGAUCUUGUCGCCAUCGCUAUAUCAGUUGCUUCUUCACAAUAUUUUAUUUCAUUGUGGAGGGGAAAUGCUAUCAAGGGAGAGAAGCACUAGACGGAUUGAUGCUAAGGAGGCUGCUGUCAUCCAGUCAGGACCUUCUUCCCACCUGAGGCAUGAACGCCGUUUCACACAACGACUCUCAGGAUCCAAUCUUCCACUUGAUGAAAGUAAACCGGGUCUGAGAUGUACUCCGAGAAUCCAAGCAGGUGUUCUGCGGGAGGAGUUGGUUAUUUGCGUCGCGUCAGAAGGUCACGGUAUGGAUGGGCGAAAUCCGAAGCGUCGCCUUGGCGGAGAUAUUGUUGCUCCAGGUUCAUCUACAACGAAAUCGGGAGUGCGGGAGGGUUUAAGGCUCCUGCACAGCCCACCAGAGGGACUGAGGAGCAAGAAAGGCAGUGAGUCAAGGAUAGCUUCGGCCGAUGUACCUCUGGCUGUUGGAAGUGACGGCGGAAAUAAAAGGAGACGCAGCGCACCGGCAGUGUACAAAGAAAGUGGCGCUGACCAUGUUGAGAAGGAGAGUAAGGCUUCCCAAAAUUCCAACCGGCAGACCGAGGAGAAUGAAAGGAGAAGCGAGCGGGUGAAAGAACGGCUGAAGUUGGAAAAGAAGAAAUUGCUCGACGAGAGUCAAGCGAUCCAUUGGGAGGUUCAAAUUGGUUCUGGACGCCAUAAGAAGACAUCUAAACGGCGGCUGCAGCAGAAAGGAAACCGGGGAAAAUCCAGAGUUCAGGCUAAAAAACAAGUGAACGAGUCUUGGUCUCUCAAGCGAGAGAAAGGCAUGAGUUCGGUCUCUUCACAAGAAGGACAUGAGGAACGAGGAGAAGGUCUCUGCUGGACUAGGAGAUUGAGAGAGCGGGGGAAGAAACGAGUAUUAGAGUUUUGUGCCGAAGUAGAGGUUGAAGCGUUUGCUCCAGAUGUUCGAGUAGUAAAGCAUAAAGUGGACAAAGGGGACGAAGCUCUUGAAAGUAUUCCGGAGCACAUCUCAGAUGAGCUAGAUAAACUUUUUGUUAAAAGCUGGUCACGAAAGCACCGGAGGAACUUUCGGACUCGGGCUAGGUUUCAAAGCCUUACCAAGCAAGAAACACAGGCUGGAACUACCCAAGAUCCCGGUGGGAUUGGUGUAGACCACCUUCAAUCUAGUCCAAAAGAGGCGCUGCGUGAGGCAAAAAUGGCCGACCCAACAGUUAACAAGAGCAAGGAAAUCUUGGAGGCCGAAGUACCCCUUGUAAAUGGUUGGCAUGUCGUAUUGAACGAGCAUGACAGUUCUUCAAUCGAGUUGUCAACCAGUAAGUCUUCUGAUGGGAAGUCAAUAGCUAGGUCUGUGCAAGACUCAUUAGCAUUUGGAGGUAGGUCAGAAGAUAGGGUCCAAGCAGAUAUUCCAAGUGUUCCACCCGAAAGUAGCCACUUCGAAGCAGUGCAUGUGGAAUCUGAUGAGCAGAUACAUCUGGUGCUCCACCUUUGUAUAGAGUCAAAUAGAGAACAGAGUGCAGAUCUAAAUCCCAUCACAAGUACCUCAGCCUCGUUUCCAGUAGAGAGAGUACAUAGCUUGCGUAUGGAGCCACUGUCUGGAGUACUCAAGAGUGCAUGUUCCGUGAGCCCUCGAGCUCAGGCUCCGUCGUUUGCCUGUUGUGAAUUAGGUGUAGUUACGAGUACUUCUGCAAAGGCUCGAGAUUCUGUUGUUAGUAACCCAUUGUCGAAAGCAAGUGAGAACAUGCUUGGAAGUACGGAGGAGCCAACUAGCCAAGAGAUUGUUGGCCUCAUUGUGACCGAUGUAGAAGAGGAUAGAGGUUGUAAUGACAGCGCCGAAGAGUUGGUGCAUGGAGCUUCCCGUGACUUUCCCGAAAACGUGUUGAUCCAAGUAGUAGACAGAGAGACAAGCGAGCGGAUGACUGAUGAAGACGUUGAAGUCCAUGAAAUUGCAGCUUGUAAAGAGGUGGACAGAGAGAUGAUGGUCGACGGGUGCAAGGAUAGUGUCUGCACCAAGAUCGACAAGCAGAUUGUGAUCGAAGUUGGGGAGCUCAAUCUGAGCUACCAGGUCAAUAAGGAGACGGUGCAGGAAGUUCGAGAGGACAUGCGUUCCAGUGAGGUAGUCAAAGAGGUGGUGAAAGUUAAAGAGCAUGCAGUCUGCUCUAAGGUGAUCAUUGAGGGAGUGGUGGAAAAUCCAGAGAAUAAAGUGCAAAAUGUGGUGGAGAGGCAGAAUUUUUUAAAAGUCCAAGAGAGCUUGACCUUCCGUGAGGUAGGCAAGCAGAAAGUAGUUGAGGUGCGAGAUUUUGGCCAUGAGAGCAACAGAAAGGGAGAGCUUGAAGGCCAAGAACGUCUAGUCCAUGAUGAUAUAGCUAGAGAGAAGAUACCUGACUUUCAAGGACACAGUCACAGUCUUUGCACCGAGGUGAAGCCUCAUGAGGUAAAUGAGCGUGAAGUUUGUAAGAAGAUAGCGGAAGAACAGGUGUUUGAGUUAAGACAGCGAACAGGCUGCUGUGAGAGUUCGGUACAGGUGCUGGAAGGAAAGAAGGAUACAGUUUGUCAGGAGAUGAUGGAACUACAGAUGUCUGACGUCAGGGAGCAUACAGUCUGCACGGACGCGGUCCAGGAUGCUGACAAGAAGGCGCUCAAGAGCCUAGAAUUCAGCUCAAAUUUAUUGCUUGAAAGUGGAGAUGAAAGUGCUUCUGGCAACAGUGAGGAGGACAACUCGGAGAAAAGUGGAAAGGAAGCACAACGUGUACCAGAAGACUCGGCAGGCAACAGUGUCGAUGAUAAUGAUGUUUUGGCGAAGUACCGCAGGACGAAAGUCAAGAGAGGCGGUUAUCGCACAAUUCUUGAAACUACUUCGAGUGUGAAGUUCGUCUUGGAGGGCGGCACUUCUGAAGAUGAGAAUCUCGAUCGGACUGAAAUUUCUGGUGACGAUCCAGGGCCUAGCAGUCUCAAGGCAUCCACGAGCACUGGCAGGAGUGAGCCCGCUGAAGACAAUGGUAGUGAAGACCAAGAAGAGACUGCAGGCACUAGGUUGCAGUCACUUUUAGAUGUAGUUAGGAAUGAGGUCAAUGCAACACCCGAAUUGGUUGAGUCGUGGAACUGCAGAGAAACCAAUGUGUUACAAGUAGUUUCCCACACUAGUGAAAGGAAGGAUGAACUUCAUCCGCAAGAGGUUUUCGUAAAGGAGAGGCCCGCAAAAUGCGCCAGUGACACUAGAAGGGGAAUCGUCAGUUUAGGAUUGAAGUGUGGGCUUUGUGGAGGAACCAGCGACGGAAAGUGGGCCUGUGAGCUGCGAUCUGCGCGCAAGACCAAAGCUCGUGAUGGUUCACAACAUGCUUCACCGAAAGUGACGAAAUAUUCUGUGAAGGAGGGCAGUAAGUUCCAGGUGAAGAAAGGCUGGUUAGGACGUCUUUUGGGUCCUUUGAGUGAGCGUGUCGGUGUUGCCGGGGCCUGGGUUCAUGAAGAGUGUGCCGUAUGGAGCCCUGAGGUAUACUUUGCGGGUGUGGGAAGACUGAAAAAUGUGAAGGCCGCUAUACGUAGGGGCCGUCUUUUGAAGUGCAGCCAUUGUGGGCAACCGGGAGCCACCAUUGGCUGCCGUGUCGAUCGCUGCCCUCAAAAUUAUCAUCUGCCGUGUGCCCACUUUGAUGGAUGCUCUUUUGAUCAUAAGAAGUACUUGGUGGCAUGCUCCGAGCAUCUACAUUUGUUUCCUUCUCGAUAUAGAAGGUUUCUUGAAUAUGGAGUUGAGGUUCAAAUGGGUGGCUCGGUCGAUAUCAAGGAUACCUCAAAGCUUCAUCGUGGAAACUUCAGAAGAAUGAUGAUAGAAAGGAGAGCUGCCGCUUCAACUGCUCGUCUGAAAGACCUAGAGGAAGAAGAGAAAUGUAUGGAGAAGUCGGGUGAAGAUGAAGAGUUUGUUCGGCGAGAGAGGAAGAGGCUUCAGCGAGAUUUGGCCAGAAUUGUCCCAACAAAACUCGGUGGUCAGAAAACGGAUGGCGAAAAGAAUACUAUACCAGAGGGUUGGAAUUCCGUCGCCGGUUUACAAGAUGUCGUAGAAUGUUUGAAGGAGAUGGUGAUUUUGCCGCUUACGUAUCCAGGAGCUUUUGAUAGACUUGGCGUUGUGCCCCCUCGAGGUGUCCUCCUCCAUGGGCAUUCUGGAACCGGUAAGACGUUGGUUGUUCGUGCCUUAGCUGGAGCGUGCGCGAGAGGAACGCAGAAAAUUUCCUAUUUUGCUCGUAAGGGAGCUGACUGUCUCGGGAAGUACGUUGGAGAUGCAGAGCGUCAGUUGCGGCUUCUGUUUCAAGUAGCCGAGCAACAUCAGCCAUCUAUAAUUUUCUUCGAUGAGAUAGAUGGGCUCGCUCCUAGUCGAUCAAGGGAUGGGCAAGACCAAACUCACAGUUCGGUGGUCUCCACCUUACUUGCACUCAUGGAUGGGCUUAGUUCGAGAGGUUCUGUAAUUGUCAUUGGAGCGACUAAUAGGCCUGAUGCCCUCGAUCCUGCUCUUCGUCGACCAGGACGAUUUGACCGGGAAAUUUACUUUCCUUUACCAUCUGCGUCGGAUCGAGCUGCUAUUCUUGCUUUACAUACACGGUCAUGGAUUCCUUGUCCAUCAGGUGAAGUUUUGUCAGCUGUGGCUAAAGCUACUCACGGUUUUGCUGGAGCUGACUUGCGAGCUCUUUGCGUCGAAGUGGCUUUGAAAGCUCUCAAAAGGGUUGCUCCCAUCCAUCAGCUUAUGAAGUCAGCGGAAGGAAGACAAGUAGGUGUUGGUUUACCUCAAUUGCCCAAAAUCGAGGUGAAAGCUUCUGACUGGGCCAGUGCACUGAAAGAAGCACCUCCUCCCUGCUCUAUGAGAAUGACAAGUGCAGCGCUUAGUUUUAUCCCUGGUUCUCCCCUUCCUUGGUAUCUCGUUCCCUCUCAUCUUCCAGCGCUUGUUGAGAUAUUGAUGCAGUUACACCGUGAUGGUAGAUCUUCAAUGCCACCUGCACUCCAUAAAGCAGUUUCCCGUAUUGCUGAAGAGUUGGAGUCGUUUGCUCUAGAUAGCAAAGUAUGUGAGUUGAGGUCGAAUUUUAAGUGGAUGGCGCUUCUCCAAAGGGGCGGUCAGAAACUAAUGACGACGGUAGAAGCGGCAUUAGCAUCCGCUGGAUUAGUAGGCAAAAGAGAGGGGCUAGGUGACUGUAGACAUGAUGAGCCCCUGUGUGAUGAAGCUUCUCCGGGGAAUCCAUUUUUGUUUGAUGUGGACUCUUGUCCUCCCAAACAUGAUAAUUAUGGUGGUUGGAGGGGUGGUCACUUCAGAGUUCUUAUCUCAGGUAAAGAAAAGCGAGGACAAAGACAAGUGGCAGCGUCGAUUAUAACAGCUUUUGAAGGCUUCUGCGAAACGAGAAUGCUGAACCUGCCCACGAUGCUCCAUGAGGGAGAUGGGGAUGUUAUACAGGGACUCAAUCGCAUUCUAGGAGCGGGGACAGGUACGACUCCUUGCAUGCUCUUCAUGCCACAGAUAGAAAGCUGGUCCUUGGCCAAAGAAGAAGUUGGUGAGGACCUUCUGGAAGAGACUGCGCGGAGUUAUGUACUUUCCAAAGUCAGUGUACCCACAACAGUGUCAAGUUCGUGGAGCGUGUUUUUGCAGCAUAUAAAGUGUCUUUCUCCUGACACAUCCUUCAUGUUCUUGGCAACAAGCCACUUACCUCUUGACGAGCUUCCUGCCAAGGUGGUCGACUUUUUCUUGAGCGAUACAAACAAGUGCAAAGAUAAGCAUGCAAUAUCAAGAAACCAACCUGUCCCCUGCGCUGUAGUCCAAUUGCCUAAUCUGAAAGAGCAUGAGGCUGUAGUUGAACGUGCAUCUGAGGACAUUAGCAGGAGUCUGGCCGGUCGAGUGGUCAGGUACUUAAGUCACAGCGAGGAGGCUUCUAUCGGUGCUCACACUAGUGCUUUCAGCAGACUCGAACCUUCUGGAAUGCUGUCGGAGGACAUGCCGAAAGAAGGGAGCAGGGAUGAAACUGUCGAUGAAGGAGGCGAAUGUGUGGUUGCAGAUGUCGAGUGUAGUAAGCUUAUGAGACAGUUGCCCCCGUCAAAGGUCUUUGACAUGCCUGAACACUCAGGACCUAAAGCUAGUUCUGUAGAAAUUGCACAGAAACCUGAAAGUAGGAAUGCCGUGGAUGACUGUCAGGUGCCUGUGACUCAUCCUCGCAAUGCUCCUCGCUCCUGGUCCUCAGAGCAAAAGACUCUGCAAAUUGCGAUUUCUCAGUUAAGUCAUCAAGUUCUGAAUCAAUCGCAUUUCUCAGAACUUAGGCGGAUCUCUGGAAGGAUGAAGGCAGCACCUUGUCUCAGCACCUCCCUCAUUGAUCAGAGGAUCCUAGCAACUGCAAACCAAUACAGGAGUUCCUUUUUGCAAGCGGACAACAAAGACUUUGAGGAUAGACUCGAUAGGAGGGAUGAUAAAAAUACAUCUGCGUCACACAUAUACGGCUUGGUGGCAAUUGGAUGGAAAGGGAAAAGCGGUCUUUACAAUUCGGGCACAGAGGUCGCGUGCGACAUUGCUAAUGUGCUGAAGCUAUUGAGGGAACGUGUUAAAGCUAAAGUUGAAAGUGGGAGAGAUUAUUCAGUAUAUGUACCUCUUCUAUCAAAGAUGUCAGGUCUGGAAGACCUUGUAAGCUCCUGGUUGUACCAGAUUCGAAGGCUGGAGGCUGCAGCGAAAGUCCUCCCCUUGAGUGGGUUACAGUCAGGUGUCACGCCCUUAUGUGGCACAGACGACGUGUCUCAUCCUGGAGUGUUUGAAGCACAUGAAGCUUCUGUGGUGUACCUACCUCGGUGUUGUGAUCAAACAUUAUCGUCUAAUAAGCUGCCUGAAAAGGUUGGAGAAACCUCUCCUAAGGGGGAUCAGUACGCACUUUCUGUUAACCCGAAAGUUAUGGGAACCCACUCUUAUCCGCUAUCUACCGAAGAUGCUACAACGACUCACCUUUUAAAGGUACAUGAUAGAGCAUCUGGCCUUGACUCUUUGGAGGGCUGCGAGACCUCCCCCAGUUUUUCAGAUAAGUUGACAGCGAAAAGAAUAAUCGAGAAGAAGUGUUCUCAUCCUGCGAUUCUUGUCGAUCCUUGGAAAUCUGAUUUCGAAGUUCAUCAUCAACCAGUGACACCAGUAAACCAUGUCAAGUCACAGGACAGAACGAAAGUUGGAGGUCCUGUUGCCGGAACUACUGAGGAGAAAGCGUGUCAACUUCCUGCAGUAUCUUCUCGGACGAGUAGACCCAAGACACGGGUGUUAGUGACAACAGGAAGUUUACUUGCGCUUGAGUCUGCCAUUCGGGAUAUGAUUCUUUCUUCGUGGAACGGACACACGGCAAAGUCCGUCGAACUUUUGCAUGAGGUCAUUGCGAGCUGUGCCGCAUCCCUACGCGUCGUUUCUGAUGAAUUGUUCCGGGAAGUUGAUUGGACAAGUAGUUGUUAUGGAGAUUGUCCUUGUCCAUUAGGGGGACAACAGACUUCGGAGGUUUUGGAUGCGCUCAACAAAGAAAUAUGUCUGUGUCAACUAACGAAGGCAGUCCGGAAAUUGACAACUCAAUCAAGUGAAGAUUCGUACGAUUUAUCCAAAACUUGAGGAGUUUGAAUUGCUCUACCUCAAGGUCAGGGCCGAGCUCCAGAGGUCUACUGUAUUUGAAGUUUCACGAAUUUUCAGACUAAAGCUACUACGAAAAAUGGAGCGUUGAAGUAGGCGAAUGAGCUGAAGAUACACACGGUACCAUGCUUUGGAGUUCAACCUUAAAGGAGUUACCGAGUGUAGUAUGAAGGGGCUUGGAGUACCAAUCGCAGAGCGCUUUGUCUUUCGCUUUGUCUUUGUCUGUCUUUGCCCAGCACCGUGUGAGCGAAGUCGGGUAUCGUGAGAGAGGGAAAUGUGGUACUGAAAGGAAGCUCGAUUCAAACAUAAGCGUAUAAGAAACCUGCAGUUUCUAGCUCGUUUAGUGCUCUCGUCUUGCUAGGUAGCAAGGGCAUUUGGAAAUGCUGGGGACCUGGCAGUCCAUGGCAGGCAAUUUUUUAUGUCUCGAUGUCUCAUCACUCUGGGGAUUUUUCUUGUAAGAAAUUCAACAGAAAUUGAGUAAAAUUUUACACAUUGUGUGAAAUUUUGU